UUAAAGGGCCCUCGCAGUCCCGCGGCUGCCUCUUCUGGGGCUCCACCGACCCCCCGUCCGAGCGGCAGGCCAGACCAAUCGCUCCCUCAGCCGCCGGCUCCCCUUCACCAGGCCCCAGACCGCCACACGAAGAUGGAGGACAGAAGGCGACUCCCGCUCUCCCUGGAGGAAAGUAACAGGGCCAAAGCGCUGACCGUGUGGGAGCGGAUCCUGGAGGACGUCUCGUGUCCCCGGUAUUCUGGGCCGCCCGUGUAUCACCUGAGAACGCUGCAUCGGUACAGCGUACAUCUGAGCGACUACGUGCCCGAGGCGAAGCGCGGGGACCUGAUCGCCGACUCGCUGUUUGAUCUCCAGCUGCAGAGGGAACUGGAAGUAAGCGGUGCGCUGAACUGGAGCGAGCGAGGACGCAGCCUGCACGCGCUGAAAAACGCAGGUCAAAGCAACGGCCUCUUGGAUGCGGUUUCUGUGUGCAUGUGGGGAGUGAGUGACAGCGAUAUGGUGCUGCGGACAGCUCUCUAUAACACUAUGGCGCAAGGUAGCCCCGCCCACCUUCGUAUCGCCUCGCAAGAGGAGGAAUGGAGUCCAACUGGUCAGCGGGUCACCAACCAGGACUGGAUUGAGGCGGUUGAGCUGGCCAGCCCCAAAGCUAGAGCUGCUAAGGCUGUGGACAGUCCCUGCCAGCGCGUCCACCUGUUUGUGCUGGCCAACGUCAUCCGCAGGCCUAUCAUAGUGGUGGGCGGCAGCGGGGAGGGCUCGGAGGCCGCGGCGGGCUCGACCUCGAACCCGGGCCCGCGGGGGAUAUACGUCCCCUGGCUGUGGGAGGGUGCCGACUGCCACCCCUACCCUGUGGUGCUCGGGAGCUCGUCCCCAUGGCGACGCUUUGCACCCCUGGUGACGGCUGGCAGUGCCCAGGAUGACGAGGACGGGGUGGCCCUACCCCUGGUUUGGGGUACCCCCCGGGGCCUGCGGGAGCUGCCGCUGCAUUUCCCCCCCGACGGGCGCGAGGGGACCCGCCUGUCCUGCCUCAGGGGCUACCUGAAGCUCCGGACCCUUCCGCUGGGCAAGCACACGACCUACGCCGCCAGGUUGAAAGGUCAUAACCUUCCCGAGCCCUUCAGCUUGGUGCAGGACUACUUCAGGCUGGCCAAUCACACGUGCAGUCAGGUCACCCAGGAAGUGAAGCGGGGUGGCAGAGAAGAACAAAAUGGAGGCCUUCCUCUCCCGGCAUGCCCCUCCACCACCUCCUCCUCCUCCUCUUCCUCCUCCUCUUCCUCCCCCUCCGCCGUCUUCUCCAUCACUGCAGGUAGAUGUGCCACGGAACAGUGCCUCUACUUCUGCUCUAAGUCCACCUGGCCCCUGUGUCACAGUUGCCACGACAACAGGCAGCAGCAUCAGCAGCGGCUUCAGGCCAGGAACUGCCCGCCGGAGGGGCGGGGCUUCAACAUCUCUGUCUGUGGGGACACGCCUCCCUCCGACCCUAACCCCGCCCCCUCCUGCAUCCCUUCCGCCGUCGGCGAUGACCUCACCCCCCAGGGGUGGCCCGGCGACCUCCUUCACCGUCCCAGAGUGGGCGGGGCCAAGGACAGCGACUUCCUCUGUGGGCGGUGCCUGUCGUGCAAGACGGAGACGCGCACUUUCAACGGCCUCUGCUUCCGCUGCCUCCAGAGCCAAACCGACCCCCCCGCCCUGCCCCCACCGGACCCCACCGAUACCGCCGACCCCGCUCGGGCGUCGCCAGGCCGGGAGGGGGCUCUGGGGGGGCAGAGGUGCCUCACGCCUGGCUGCGUGUAUUUCGGGACCACCCAACACGCGGGGUACUGCACGGUCUGCUACUGCAUUCAGAAUCAAACACCAAACCGCUCGCCACCCCCAGCACCACCUCUACCUUCCUCCUCCUCCUCCUCCUCCUCUUCCUCCCCCCCGCCCCUGCAGCUCUCCUCCACCCUCAGGAAUCUCCCCCGCUGCGCUAACCCUGCGUGUGACAUGCUGGGAAACUCCGCCUUCAAGGGCCUCUGCGAGCGCUGCUUCCUGGCCAGCCACCAGGGGGCGAUGAAGAGCCAGGCUUCAGAAGCAAUGGCUGUCAGUCAGGGAAGCGACCUGGUGAACAGAAGGCAUCACAGGCCGCCGUCCAAACCGGACCCGCCCGGCGCCGGGGCGGAGAAGGCCGCCGCGGCCCCCGUCGAGAGCAGGCGAAGCCGCAGGGCCUCGCCAGGAAAGUCCCAGGCUUCGGCCGAGCCCGCCAGGCCCAGGACCUGUCUGGGCAGCGGGUGCCCUAACUUCGGCAACUCCAGGUGCCGGGGACUCUGCAACAGCUGCUACAGGAGUCACGUCUGAGCGUCCCGUCCGGACUGGCGACCCGGGGCCGCGAGAAUCGCAUCGGACCGACCGAGACCAGGCUUGCGGCCGAGCCGUACGUCGUAUCUGAGCGAGAGAGUCCCGACUGGCAACCCGGCCAUGUUUCACAGCUGAGACCAGAUGGGCGGCCUGGUCGUGAAUCUUACCUGACUGACAGAGUCCCAGUCUGGCGACCCAGCCUUCAGUUCGCACGGACCCCGUCGGCUACCAAUCACAUCUGACUGACAGAGUCCCAAUCUGGCAACCCAGCCUUCAGUUCGCACAGGCCCCUUCAGCUACCAAUCACAUCUGACUGACAGAGUCCCAAUCUGGCAACCCAGCCUUCAGUUCGCACAGGCCCCUUCGGCUACCAAUCACAUCUGACUGACAGAGUCCCAAUCUGGCAACCCGGCCUGGAGCACAGCCAUGCAGACCUGCCAUUAAUCACAAGCUGAGCGAGUCUAGACUGGCAGCCCCAACAGCAGUGUCAACACCUGAGUCCCAGACUGGCAACCCCCCGACUUCCCAGCAAGCACGGGCGCACUUUAAACUUUAAAUAAAGUUUUUUAAUUUUUGAACUUUUAAGAUUUUUUUUUCUUCUUCCAAAGACAACACAGAUCUAAAUCGGGACAGUUUUGGGGGAAGUGUUUCUCUUUUUUUUAUUUUUUAUUGUUUUAAUAUUCCUCCGCUCUCCACGCAAACUCGGCACCUUGUUGAGAUUCGGUCCAACAAAAGAAAAUAAAUGUGCGUACGUCAAAUUCCAAAUUAAAAACCCUAAUUCAUAUUCCGUCCUAGAGAAGCUCCUGGGAAUCCUGAGUUAUCAGGCUGACGUUCAUAUUAAUAAUAUUAAUAAAACAAGCAGGCGUGCUUCCUGUACUAGUUUACUGUAAGUGAUUUACUCAAUUUAAUAUGCAUUCAGUGCAGAUCUCACAUUAAUAAUGAGAGAUAUGUUCAUAUCAUCAUUUAUACCGCAUCUUUAUCAGAGGAAAGGACUUUCAUUGGGGGCAGCUUAUUGUUGUUUAUGUUUGCCCCUAGUGUACAAGGCUGCUGUACAGCUGAAAUACCAAUGCUCGAUUGUGCCGAGAUUACAUUAAAAAGGGUUUCCGUUUUCUUAGAAGAAUAAUUUGGACCUUGUGUGCCUUUUGUGUUUUCCUGGUAGAAGUGUCACCGCUGCGCAGCAAAUGUUUGGUGUUGCUUCAACUCUUACGAGAAUUGUCAUUCAGGUCCAUUUGAGAUUGGGGGGAGGGGGAUUCCAUGAAGCAGGAUUGCUGCAUUAGCUGGAUAAGUGUAGUGAGUGAAACCUGGAACAGCUCUUUGCUACAGUCCAUGUUCCAGUUUUGGGAGGGUUCUGGGUUUUCACUCAGUGCAGUUAGUCCAGUGAACUCAGUAAUCCUGCUUCGUAUGAAACAGGGCGCAGAUUUGCUCCGGUCAGAGUUGAUUAAACGCUGAAUGUUUUUUUUCUGUGCACCUGCUAGCCUUGCAUAAUUUGCCUCUGUCCUCUUCUUUGUGGUCUUGUUGGAACAGGCUGUGUCGGCCGCCUCCGUUCUGCUAAUGCCGCGGCAGACGUGUCGCUUCACAGUAACGUCCCCCCUGCAACACGUGCCCUUUGGCUUGUUGGUUCCCCUCUGCUGGGGAAUGUCAACAGCAGCCACACUGUAUGUGUGUGCACGUGUGCGUGUGCGUGCGCGUGGUCAUGGCAACCCUUCGCACCUGUGUCCGUGUGUGGAAAGACCUGCUGCAGUGCAAACAACGGCUGUGAAACAAAGGCCUCAAGCCUUAAAGUGGAGAACUGAAACUUGAGGGCAGGUUAUGUCCGUGCUUUUGAUGGAGAACUGAACCUUGUGGACCAGAUUACGUCCGUGCUUUGAGUGCGGGUUGCUUUCCACGUGUGCAAGUAGUGCGGGAAAUUAUAUUUAUUAUUAAAAACUGCAAACCCGAACACAAAUUGACUGGUCCUAUUUAAAAUUUAGCAAAAUGUCUGUUUGAGCGGCAUGGUGGUGCAGUGGGUAGCACUGUGAGCCUCACAGCAGGAAGGUCCCGGGAUCGAGCUGCACGUAACCCCUGUGUCCACGCGGGUUUUCUCCAGGCACUCCGGUUUCCUCACAGUGCAAAGAUGUGCAGGAUGGUUAAUCGGAGACACUAACUUGCCCAUAGGUGUGAGUGACUGGUGAGUGAAUGGUGCGUGUGCCCUGCGAUGGAUUGGUUACCUGUCCAGGGUGUAUUCCUGCCUCUCGCCCAAUGCACACUGGGAUAGGCUCCAGCACCCCCCCGUGCCCCUGCCCAGGAUGAAUUUUGUGCAAGAAACAUUAUGUCUUGUAAGGAAACACACCAUAUCUACUUGCACUAAUGUAUUUCAACUUAGUUGUUCUGUCUAGGUAACUGAUUAUGAAGACUGUAUUCAAGAGCAACUGCACCCCCUAGUGGUAAAACUCAGCAAUUGACUUCAGCUCUCAAUGGCAGCUUCCAGAAAGGGCUGGCAAGUUUACUUUGAAGUAUUACACGAGAAAAUAAAACA